AGCAGAAGACCGAAUAUUUUUUGAGGCCGCCGCCCAACAGUUGUUCUUUCAAUAAAUUUGAAAUACUCGAAGAAUCGACCGUUGGAAACCUUCAUCUUCUCCUUCAAUCACAACUCACGAUUUUCAAAUUUUCUGUUCUGCAACGUCAAUUUUGUUAUUAUUUUUCGUAUCGCAAGAUGGGUGCUGGAAAAAGCUCUCAAGUCGAUAAUUUAUUCAACAACCUGGUUCAAAUACUCAAGAACCAGCAAGAACAGCUUAAAACACUCUUGGAAGAAAGAAAAUUUCUAGAAGAUCGCAUCAAAUCGCAACACGAACGAUGGGCCUCCGACGUUCGUCUCUGCGAAGAUCACAUCUCUCAGAUGAAUGAUGCCUUGAUGGAGAAAGACCUAAAUUGCUUGCUUCAGGCUGCCAAAUCCAAUCUGAUGUUAGGAUUGAAGCACAGAGAGGCUUCUCUUUAUAAAUUGAAAUUAGAGCAAACAGAAGAUGAAUUGGCGGAUUUUAGAUCUUGCUUCAACUACCUUUCUCAAAUUCUAGAAGAAAAUCCCAAGGAAAGUGACAAAUGUAAGGAAGGCGUCGAAGAUAGUAAUCUAAGAUCUAGUGGUUCUAAAAGGUUGGAUAACGAAGUAAAAAGAUUGAAGUCUGAAUAUGAGAAGCUUUCGUCUGAAAAGAACUCUGAGAUAUCUGCACUUCUAAAAGAGAAAAGUUUUGUUUGGAAUCAGUAUAAUGUUUUAGAGAGCAGUCUCAGUGAUAAAUUAAAAACCAAACAAUCUGAGGUUGACCAGGCAAAUGCAAAGAUUGCAAAAGUUCUAGCCAGUGUGGAGCUGCUUCAGUCCUCUAAUAAUGAGAAGGAUGAAAUUUUCAGCAAACUGAAAGCUAAAUUGACUGAGAUGGAGGUUGACAGAGAUAAGUGGAAGGAAGAAAAUUCUAGACUCUUGCAGGAGUUGGAAUUGUUGAAAAAGUCCAGAAGUGCUCAAGUUACACCUUCACUAAAACAUUGCAACACAGGAGCUAAAGCUUCCAGUCGGGUGGUCAAAAGCAAUGGCAGGAGCAGAAGUAAUGUUGUUGUGAAGAAAGAAUUGUGUCCGGCAAAGGCUGCUCCUCCGCUGAAGGAUGCUGAUAAGGGCAGCAGAGGUUCCAAAAGGAAAGAAGUUGAAACCAUCACCAUUUUAGAGACUCCAAAAUUGUUCUCUGCCUCUUUCAAAGUACCCAAAUUGAAGAUUUCAUCUACUCCUGUGACAUGACGCUACCACAUCUUUUUUUAUAUCAGUUUUAUCAGGGUAGAUUCUUGUAGGUUGUAAUUGUUUAUGUAGCUUCAGUAUUGGCUCUGUUCUUUCUUUUAUCAGUAUUGCCACUGCUUGGGAGAGUGUUCUUUCUUUUAAAAUUAUUAGUGGUUGUGGGGAUUGUCCUUGUGUAGAAUUUCUUUUUGCUGCUGAAGCAAUGUCAUGGGAAGAAUCUGCAAUACAGACUUUUUAACUUGUAUA